AUGGGUGUCAAUUCGUCGUCCCGACAGGAUGCGAGCUUUCUGUCGGAUGAAGACGUGAACUUUGACCACUUUCAAAUACUGCGCAACAUCGGCAAGGGUAGCUUCGGUAAGGUGUGCAUCGUGCAGAAGAAGGACAGCGGCAACCUGUUCGCGAUGAAGUACGUCAGCCGCAACGUGUGCAUCGGCCGUGGCGCACUCGGCGGCGUCCUGAAGGAGGUGGAACUGCUCGCCUCCCUCGAGCAUCCCUUUCUCGUGAACCUUUGGUUCUCGUUUCAAGAUGAAGAGGAUUUGUUCAUGGUUUGUGAUUUGUUGGCCGGUGGCGACUUACGGUAUCAUUUGCAGCACCAGGUGGAAUUUUCGGAGGCCGGUGUGGGUCUGUUGGUUUGUGAGCUUGGUUCCGCGCUGGAUUACCUACAGAAGCAGCGCGUCGUGCACAGGGACAUCAAACCGGACAACAUCCUGCUGGACGAGGAAGGCCAUGCGCAUCUGACGGACUUUAACAUAGCGACCCGAUUACCGCCGGACGGACUCGCCUGCAGCAUGUCCGGCACCAAACCGUACAUGGCCCCGGAAGUAUUUAUGUGUGCCUUAGAGGAAAUCGCCGGUUACAGCUAUCCGGUCGACUGGUGGAGCCUUGGUGUGGUCGCUUACGAGCUGCGGAGUGGUGGCCGACCCUUCGUCGUACACUCGUCGACACCGCUCGCCGAGGUGAAAAACAUACUCAACACACAGCCGCACUAUCCCCGCCACUGGAGUGACAACUUCGUCGAUCUGCUCUCCAAGUUGCUGAAUGUGCAUCCAGGUGCACGUAUCAGCACACUGAAGGAGCUGCAUCUGACGAAGCUCUUGCGCGGCACCGACUUUGAGCGUGUGCUGGCCAAACGCACCAACCCACCGUUCAAGCCUUCGAAGGAUCACCUCAACUGUGACCCAAGCCUGGAGCUGGAAGAGAUGAUCGUCGAGACGAAGCCGCUGCACAAGAAGAAAAAGCGCCUGGCGAAGCAGCGGUCCGUGCACAAGGAAAACAAUGACCAGCUGCACAGCCAGCUCGAUACGCAGCUGCUGAAGGAGUUUCUCGUCUACAACCGCUACAAAGAGCUGAAGCGUAAGGCGAUGGAAGCGAAAGAGUCCGAAUGGCAACAGGAGCUCGAUCAGGCGAUGGCCAACUCGCACGUUUCGAGCCUCGGCCUGCCGGUCGACCGUGGUCUGGCGACGAUCAGCGAACGUGCCGAGCAGGUGUCCGGUGUCAGCAGCGUGACAGGAGCGACCGGACCACCGCCCCUUUCCCGCUCGGCCGACCCGAUUGCGUCCGCCCCAGUACCGGUCCCAGGGACGGGUCGGUCCGGUUCCACCACCGACACGAUCGACUACAUCGACCGGACACCGUCGCCGAAAAGCAGCAUCUAG